UAUGGUUUAUGAACUAUGGGAGCAUCAGUCCAAUAUUGAGGUUCUAGUUCAGAUUUUGGCAUUGUGACAUUAUUGGAUAAUUAUAUUUUUUUUUACUAUGUACUAUGUUUUUGACUAUUAAUUUUCCCUGUGAUCCAGGACUCGCUUGAGCGCUGUGAUGUCGUUGAGUGUUCUGGCUCUCUGCCUGCUGGCUUGCAUUCACUCUGGCAUAAAUGCAUAUCCAGCCAAGCCUGCCAGUCCUCAGGAAGGAGCACCACCUGAGGAGCUCGCCAAAUAUUAUUCUGCACUGAGACACUACAUCAACCUCAUUACAAGACAGAGAUAUGGGAAAAGAGACACGCCAGAUACUGUAUUUUCAGAUGUGUUGGUGAGGGAGAACACAGAGAGUAUUCCAGGAUAUAACUAUGUCAGAUAUGAUGAGCUGCCACUGUGGUGAUGCCACUGGAGCCGUGAUAUAGAAGCUGACUACUUCAAAGCUGCUGCCAUGUCUGUUACUGACAUGAAAUGAACUUGUGUUGCAUGGAA